AUAUAGUAAACUAUUAGCUAGAAAGUAUCAAAAUGGAUGUUAAUGAAGAAUUUCAAAUAACACCUGAGGAAUUGGAACGAAUAAAAUCAGCAAUGAAUAACAAAAUUUUUCGUGAUAUGCUUAUUGAGUAUGCUAAUGAAAUUUCAGAUCCUGCUAAUAAAAAGAAGUAUGAAGAAGAAAUUAUAGCAAUGGAGAAACAACGAGGUCAAGAGGUGAAGCUAAUAAAGCCUCAGUCUGGUUUUGUUGUAAAAACUGUUUGCCUAAAAGACAAUCUAAAGACUUUUAUAAACAUUUGCACUAGCCCUGAAGUUGGUGAAUACUCGUCUGAAAAAGGAGUUCAAAAUGGUUUAUCUGGUUUGCAUGUUAAACUACCCCAUAGCCUUGUUCCGUGUAGAAAGGAUUAUGAUAAAGAUGGAAAACAGUGCAUUGUGUAUGAUGUGUGCUUCAAUCCUAAGUCUUAUGAACGAGCUCUUCAUGAUGAAGCUUUUCGUUCAAUUUUAAUUGACACUUCGUUUGAUGCUAUAGAAAAACAAGCUGGCAUUAGUUUUGACAGAAAGAACAGAAAAUUUCCAAAAAUGAAGUACAAAGGGACUCCUCAACCUUCUAUUCUCCGCUCUACAGAAUUGAAGCAGGGGGAAAAUAAGGAAACUUCAGGUUUUAACUAUCCAGCAAGAAAUAUAGAAAAGAAAAACUCACAAAAAGUUAAAAAAGAUUCUGAAAUAAAGUUAAACGAAAACCAUUCUACGAGUACCAAGUUACCCAUCACCCCUAAAUUUAAUAUAAUUCACAGAGGUUUCUUUGAUAUGCAAGACUUCACAAACACAAUUGUUAGUAAAAGUAGAGAUCCAAAAGAAUUGGUUGUGGAAAUAUAUCUUCCAUUAGCAGAAGCAGCGUCUGGUAUUGAUUUAGAUAUUUUCGAGAAACAGCUUGUUUUAAACUCAAACAAUCCAUCAUAUCACUUAGAUAUUAAACUUCCUUACAAAAUAAAUGAAAAUUUAGGUUGUGCUCAGUUUGACAAAGGCAAACGCAUCCUUAUUGUUACAUUGCCAGUCAUCUCUGAGCCAAAUAUUAAUAUUGAUACAAAAAGUUCACUUGUUACUCUUGCAGAUGAAAAUCACACUGACCAAAAUGAAGUAAUUAAAAACGACCCAGAAUGUUUUAUUGAGUAUAAUGAAACAAGAAAACAUGAUGAAGAGCAUGGUGAAAAGAACACUCAAGUAGCAAAUCUAACACCCAUGAAUGAACACUCUGAAAACCUUAAAUUUGAUUCAUCAGUAAUAGACUAUUUGCCAGGAACUUCUCAAUUGCCCCCAUUUUCAUGCCAUCAAACUUUAGAAGAAGUUUUAAUAUUAAUUACUAUACAAGAUAUUAAAGUUGAAGAUCUUUCAAUUGGUUUUACUGAACAUCAGGUUUGUGUGAGUUUUUCUCAAAAUUCAGAUGAAAAAACCUCAUUAGAAUGGAGUAUGGUUAUUCGAUCUGAAGACAUUGAUUUUUUUGAUAAAACUGAUUGUGGGUUUGAUAUUUCCUUAGUAGGAUUAGAAUUACAUUUACGCAAAUCAGUUAGAUCUAUUAGAUUGUGGAAUAAAAUCUUCAUAGGAGCAUCAGAAACUGAAUUGAAGAUGGAAACUUUCUUAACUAAAAGUAAUUCUGACUCACCUGCUCACAAGGAAGCUCAUAAUGGUAUAAACUCUAAGAAACUAUGUGAAAACAAUAGUUCUGAACAGUGUGAAAAUGAUAAUGCAAAAUGCUUGGAAAAUGUUACAUUGGAGCGUUUGGAAAAUCAGUUAGAGAAGUUAUUAAUUCUCCAAGAUACUAUUGGUUUUGAUGAUAAUGUUGAUAAUUUCAAUGAUCAAGAUGAGGUCAUUUUGGAUAAACAUUUUGUGAAAACAGAAUUGAAUGGCUCCUCUCCAGUGUUAGAGAAUUCCGAAACUAUUGAUAAUGAUUAUCUCAAUAUCAGUUUGAUGGAUCUCCAUGACGAUGUUAUCGACUCUUCAAGCUCUUCACCGUGUUCUCCUUAUCAGGUUUGUAUAACGAAUACACGUUUUUACACCCGCCACGUGUCUGAUUGUUCAACUGAUGAAGACGCUGUUCAGAGAAAAGCAUUAUUGAAAUCGAUUUUAAAGCGAUCUAAAAGCGACGACACUGACUAUGAAUCUGCAAAAACGUCAACAAAUCGAACCCGUGCAAAGACAAUGUCAGACGAAAUCUUACUUAGCUCUCAAGAGGACGUUUAUAAAAGACGUAGAUAUAAAUCAGUAACAUUUUCAGAAGAACCCAUUGUUUUUGAGUUUGACAAAUUGUCUAAACGUCAGUGGAAAAAAAAAGCUAAACUUGAAAAGCAGCGUGAGAGCAGCGAUGCGAAACCAGAUAAUUUAGUUUGUAAUGCUCGGGUAUUAUCGUCACCGGCUGUAUUGCCAGUUUCAAGCCCGCAGAUUUUAGCGUCGCAAAGUUCAGGUAAGGUUAGUAAAAAACAAAGUAAAAAGGCUAAAAGGAAAGAAAAGCGUAACAGUUCUAGUAGCAUGUCUGACAAGGAACUUGAUUCGGAAGAACUUCAUAAAAAGUUAAAUAAGAAAAAGAAGAAGAAGAUUAAAAAUGUUCAAAUUAAUAAUACUAGUAUAAAGUGUGAUGUUAAAACUGAAAAAGUAGAUUCUACUUUGGACAACCAAAUGAUAUUUGAUUUAGAGUGAUUACGAAUUGGUCACAAAUUAUAUUAGAUUACUUUCUGUUUUUUGAAAGGAAUGUAUAAAAGAUUUUUAGCGUUUUUGAAAAUUAUUUUGUUUCUCA